AUGAGGGACCUCUGUCAGGUGGGCUACGAGACGAUACAUAAUGGGAUGCUGAUGGAAUUUGCGGAGAGAUGGCAUUCGGAGACUUCCUCAUUUUAUCUUCCUCACAAUGAGAUUACCAUCACUAUUGAUGAUGUGGCAUGCCUCUUGCAUCUACCUAUUAGGGGUACCCUCGUUGGUCACGGUAGGCUGGAGAAGGAGGAAGCGAUGGAGAUGCUGAUUGCUGAGCUGAGGGUUGAUCCUGAUGACGCGCUUGAGAAGGUUGAGAGGACCGGCGGGGCCCACAUCAGGUUUGGCGUCUUGCAGCGGAGAUAUGAUGUCGAGCUUCUUGCGGCUAAGGAGGUUGUUGGUGACGAGGUAGAGGCGGAUAUACACAGAGAGCGGGCGCUGAGAUGUUACUUCCUAUAUUUGAUAGACACCCAAAUCUUUGUGGACAAGAGCUCGUCAUACACAGACGUCGUCUACCUGACGUACUUAUCGAAUACUGUACGUAUCCAUGAGUACAACUGGAGAGCAGCUUUACUGGCGUACAACUACUACAGACUCAGAGAGGGAUGCUUGGAUACUACAGCAUUUCCCAGACAUUAUUGGCUGGGGAAAGGUGCCUACCUACACUGA